GGAGUUGUUUCCAAUCCUGGAAAGUAGGGACUAAGAAACCGCUUGUAUUAACUUGGAGCAGGUUCAGGACUGGACGGUGUUCAGAUCCCCGUGGUUAAUAAACAGAAAGAUUCCAGUACAAUCCAGGCGGCUGUGAAAAGGGCCAGUUAUGGAUUUGUUACGGAAAAUCGUUCUCCUCUGCACGUUCCUUGUUAUCGCCGAUUCUGUCCCGCCAACAUGCUACUCCGCUGUUUUGAGAUUGAGUAAAGGAAUCACGGAGUUAAUGGGAAGAUUAGAGACCUUCUCGAUCACGAAACGCUGCCUUGCUAACCUCCCAAAGCUCUACAUUAAUGUGCAUAACUCCUGUGUGAUGGUCAAACUUCGCGACCACCUUUAUGCUUUGGACAAUCUCAUCGCUCCCCAGUGCAGGGAGCUUAAGAGAAUUGCAUUUCUGAAACUGCGCAUCAAGCGCUUGUACAACAUGAUCAACCGAGUCUGCUACCGGGACCUUGUGUUCUUCACUGAUGAUUGCGCGGAAUUGGAACGCCCACCUCCUCCACCAGACCCCCAGGAAGACCUUUCGAAAUGAAAACUCCCGCAUUUCAGCGACCGAGUGGAUUUGCAUUGAGCCACCGGCGUCACCUGACAACAUGGUGUUCAUGUUACUUCAAUCAAAAGGGCGUGCUUUAAAUCUGUAUGUGUGGCAGAGAUAAGAGUGUUUCUGCCGAACAAUAAUUUGCUGUUUCCAUGCAAUGGGUGAAUUCGUUUUAAGUGAUUUCCUUUCUGCAAGGAAGGGGAACAGGAGUCUGUAGCGUUACCUUUCCAAUAUUCGACAUUCUACUGGUGCUGUAAUUUUCCAAAAACCGAAAUAAAAACGCGGUUAGCAAAA